AUGGGUUACAUCCAAUUCGACAAGAUCGCCGUGCCAGAGGACAAUUUAGUGUCGUUGGGACUGCUCCACCGCCAGCUCCAGAAACAACAGCUGCAAAACCAAAAACAGCAAAAUAGACUCUUGGAAAGCUGGGCCACCUCGCAGAAACCACCUACUCAAAAUGAGGACAUUCAGCCUGCUCGUCCCCAGUCUGGCGACGUCGCCUCCGGAUCACCUCCUACGGCGCUGUCAUCCACCUUUGAUUCGCUGGCCCAGAUGUGGGCAGAUAUAAUGGGCACCGAGCAUCAGGACUACGCAGACCCACAACAAAUUUCCCACAGGCCUUGCAGCACUUCAACUGACAACAACAGCAGUGGCAAACCUUCGCUGGACGAAGAGCUUUGCGGACUGCGCUUCGACUCGCUUCCAUUCACUAACAUUCACAACCAUGUGUCACCUUACACGAGAGACAUGUCCAUCGUCAGUACUGGAUCGUUGUCGUCGUCGUCGUCGUCUUCGUACCCGGCCGGUGGUCACAACGUCCAGGAAACUCCGGUGCAGUGGGUCGUGAGCAGCACCGGCGAGCUGGUAUCGUCAUUUCCAUUUUGCCAUCCGUCGUCUGCUCUGGCCACGGUCACGACCGCUCCGGCUACACAGCCGUAUUUCGAGUGCUCAAUCUGCUCUGCCAGGUUCAGGGUUAAGGGCUACUUGACGCGGCACCUGAAAAAACAUAUGGUCACCAAAGAGUUCCGGUGUCCGUUCUGGACCGAACAGUGUCGGUGCCACUCUACGGGCGAGUUUUCUCGCAAAGAUACGUACAAGACGCAUUUGAAAUCCAUCCAUUUCGUGUACCCGGUGGGAGUGGCCAAAAGCCAACGCAAUCGCUCCAAGGGCCGGUGUGCAGCGUGCUACCAGGAAUUUGACAACAAUGCAGAGUGGCUCGAACACCACAUCAUGACGCGCCGUUGCGACGGGCUGGUGCGCACCAAAUGCGAACAUGAACAUUAA